CUCUUCACCUUGGGAAUUUAAAUUUGAUGGAGACAAAAAAAAGAAGAAAAAGCAUGCGAGUUGGAGACAAUUGGCUGCUUCGAGCCCAACUGGUGGGGGGUGGCUGUGGAUGGGUGGGCGGGGGAUGGCGCCCCCCCCCCCCAGCUAUUUAAACAGAUUCCAGCAGAUGGUGGAAGAACUCCGGUCCCAUCGUCAAACGCGUAGUGGGUCCUGCCGCCAGCCGCCCACCGCCCCGGACCAGGAGACCAGGAGACCAGGACACCAAGAGACCAGGACCCUCCGCCUGGUGGUGUCCCGGCACCACUCGAGCCUCCCAGAAGAGAAGUCGCAAGGGAAACUUUCUGGACCUCCCGGCGUCUUCGCAAGCAUGCCGUCCGACUUCCUCACGCCCUUCCUGGAAGUGGACCGGGAGUUCUGCAAGACCUUUGCAGGCCUGGAGGUGACGGCGGCGGCGACCCUGCGGCCUCCGCUCGGAGAUCGCGGCUUCCGGCGCCGCCAUUCCCUCUGCCCCGUCGCGCUCCUCCACUCCGAGUUCAGCGACGGCGAGGCCGAGCCCUCGGCUCGGGGGCCGGAGUGGAAGCGGGAAAGCCGGCUCCCUCGCUCGCUACUCAGCCGCAUUCCCUUCAGGACCGACCGCUCGGUCAGUGUGAUCGAGGGCGGGGUCGGCGCGGACGAGGGGGCGCCGCAGCCGCCGCCUCCGCCCGCCCGGCUUCCGCCGGGCCUUUGCGUGGGCGACCGGAGCUGCGGCCCGCCCCCGACCUCGCCCCGCCUCUCCACGCGCUACAAGACGGAACUGUGCCGCACCUUCGAGGAGAGCGGCCUGUGCAAGUACGGCGCCAAGUGCCAGUUUGCGCACGGCCCGGAGGAGCUGCGAGGGCUGAGCCGCCACCCCAAGUACAAGACGGAGCCGUGCCGCACCUUCCACACGGUGGGCUUCUGCCCGUACGGCGCCCGCUGCCACUUCAUCCACAACGCCGAGGAGCUCCUGCGGGCACGGGGCGAGCCGCGGCCGCCCCCUCUGCGCCACAGCCUCAGCUUCGCCGGUUUCGCGGCCGCCCACCGAUCGAAGCCGCCGUCGUCGUCUCCGCGCUCGGCCCGGCCCUCGUCCGCGUCGCCCUCGGGGAGCCCGCGGCUCCUCUCGCCUCUCUUCCCAGAGCCGGGGCUUCUCCGUCCUUGCCCGUACCCUCUCUGCGCUGCCGCCGAACCGGCCGGAGAAGACGACGCCGCCGACUCUGCGCUUGUUUUUUCCGCCGCGGCCGACAACGUCAACCCCGCUCUUGGUUUCUUCGCGAUCGCUGCGGACGACGCCGACUCCGGUCUUGGUUUCAUCGCGGCCGACGACGGCGAGUCCGCCGCCGCCUCGGCUCUUUGUUUCCUGGGCGCGGGCGGGCGCGCCGGAACCCCGCGCCCCGAUGUGGCCUCCGAACGCCGCGCCCCUCCCGAGGUUCCGGCCGCCCUCCCGGAGCCCCCCGGCCUCCGGCGCUGCUCCUCCGCCGACUCGCUCUCCGAGGAGGGCUACGCCUCGUCCUGCUCCCUCAGCUCGGCUUCCGGCGGCAGCGAGUCGCCGGGCGUCGAGGGCCGCCGCCUGCCCAUCUUCAGCCGCCUGUCGGUGGCCGACGACGAGACCGCGCCGCGACUUUCUGCUCACGCGCUCCCCAAAGAGUCGUGUUGCCGUUGAGCUCAUUUUGUGCCUAUUGCGUGCCGUCGGUGGCGGCAGCCGUCGUGCCGCUCACCGUGUUCUGUUUGUUUCUGGUCGACCGGAUGUGCCGCGAUGCCCGUUUUGUCUGUAUGCGUCCUGGCCUCGACCGGCGCCCUGUCCGCCGUUUGUCUCCUGACACCGACCGGUGACCGCUCCAAUCUUUGCCUCCAUAUCCGAUGAGCUGGCGACCAGCCAAUUGCUCAUCGACCAUCAAGUCGUGCGCGCACCCGUGUAUGAUCCUUCAAAAGUCUUUUUUUUUCUCUGUACGUGUGAAUAAGACGGUUGUCGGAUUUGCGGGCGUCGCUUAUGAUGAGAUUCAGACCAUCGCAAUUUGCAGACUUGUCCGAUCGCCCCUCCCCCUGUGAAUUGCGGGCAUCCACUGUUGUCUUUUUUCUUCGCCACUUUGCGACGCAACCUGUGCGCUGCUGUUAGCUCGUCCUUUCCUCCCGAAUCCAGUCCUAUUUAUUUCUUUUGUUUUCCUCCAAAGUAAAAGCGAUAUGAUGGUGUGGUUCAAUGCAGGGUGAUGGCGCUGACAUAAUUUAAGAGUCGUUGUUAUUGCGCGUGUUGAGUGCUUUAUCUUAAUAUAUUGUUGUUGAUGCUUCUUUCAAAAUAAAAGCCCCUCAGAAAAAGGAAGGGAAAAACCACAACACUUCAGUCCCUUUUGUUUCGAAGAUGCCGAGAAUGAGUCGAGUCUCCAUUUUGAAAGCAUGAUUAAAAGCCACUGAAACCACACAAGUUUGACUUCACGUGCCCGACUUUCAAAUAAAAGUCCAAAAGUAGACAAC